AUGCCUCCAUUAUCUCCACUAACUCUUACCAUGCUCCCUCCACAGCUGUCGUUCGGUUUGCAUAAGGUUCAGAUGAAGUUCCUCCACCUCUUGAGCACAGAGGCCAGUCAGGGCAUUACCUUCCACUGUCUGAGUGACCCUCCUUUCAGCCCCACGAACGCCUACAGCGCUGAUGACCCAGGACAGGAGUAUCAGGUCAGACCACCGAGGUUCAGGGGAUGGAACGGACAGAUGUUUGAGGCAGACACUCUACUUGAACCUCACGUGCUACUAGAUGAAUGCAGGGUAAGGAGCCGGAGAGAGGAAGAGAUAUAUGAUGCUUUCACUUCAGACCUGAGGCUGUAUUCAUAAAACAUUUCAAAGUAGCAUUGCUGAUCUAUGAUCAGAUACUCCCUGUCCAUGUAAUCUUUUUCAUUAUAAACUAAAAGGCAAAACUGAUCCUAGAUCAACACUCCUACUUUGAGACUCUUUGUGAAUACGGGCGUCCAUUGUGUGUCAAUGACUUCAUAUUGUAUAUUUUCCCUUCUAGAUCCAAGAUGGCAGCUGGCACCAGUCACGCUUUUUCUUCCAUACUCAGGACAGCUACGAGCUCCCCAUCAUUGAUAUACAGGAGCGACCGUCGUCACAGCCCAACGACCUGCGCCACCUCGAA